AUUUUCAUAUAUACAGCAAGAUACAGGUCAAUAUUAUAUAUGUACGUAUUUAUGUACUUAUGAAGAAAAAUAAAGCGAGGAACAGAGAUAAGAUAAAAAUUAGAGAUUAAGCGCCAUCUUUAGAAUGCAAAUGAAACAUAAGUAUAGACAAAGAGAGCAAAUAAAACAAGGAAGAGGAAAGGAUAAAAAUAAAAUAAAAAUAUUGAAAAUAGCUCUAUCUCCAAAAUGUCACAAAUUGAACAAAAAAAGGAUAGAAAAUAAUAGAAAAAGAAUAGAAAUAAAAUAAAAGUUGAUCGUCAAUGUCAUUUUGAGUAAUUUUAAAAAAAUGAUUUUUUGAAGAGAUUGUCUUUGAGAGAUAAUCUUUGAUUGUCUUUUGUCAAAAGAUGGCGUUGGUGAUCAAUUAUUGCCUUAUCUCUAUCUUUUUUUUUUUACUAUGUUCUAUCCUUUCUUUUUGUGUUUAAUUUACAUCACUCUGAAGAUGGCACUAAUUUCAAUAUUUUCACUCUAACUCUGUCCUUUUUUUAUUAUUUGCUCUUCUUGUCUAUAUUUGUGUUUCACUUGAGACACUCAAGAGAUGGCGCUGAUUUCCCAAUUUUUAUUUUAUCUUUAUCUUUUUCUCAUUAUUAUCUCUUUUUAUACUUUUGGCUUAUGAUUACAGACAACAUCGGAUAUCACUUGAAUGUUUUCAUCAUUUCAUGUUUUCUCUGUCAAAGCUAUAAUGUAUAUCUUUAAUAUCGUUAAUAUAAAUUUAUUGAAAUAAAAAAUGGAAACAAUACGACCCUGUGGUUGUAAAGGAAUAAGAUCUUGCCUUUUAUGUGAAACGGAAUAUAAGAUUGUAAAACCCAAUCUAAAGGCUUGUUUUGAGAAAUGUUCUAGUUAUGUAUACUGUCCAUAUUGUGAGAAAGCAUGGCCUGGUUGGAAUUUUGAUCUUUACAAAAAUCAUCCAAAUCACCAAGGAACUGCUAUAGAAUUUCCUGGUGUUUAUAUAAAAUUAGACUUUUUAACUCCUUGGGAAAUUAACUCAUUGAUCAAUAUAAUUGAAAAAAUACCUUGGGAAGCUUCUCAAAGUGGAAGAAGGAAACAGAAUUUUGGUCCAAAAUGCAAUUUCAAAAAGAGAAAACUUCAGUUGGGUUCCUUCAAUGGUUUUCCAAAAUCUACUCAAUUUGUGCAACAAAAAUUUUCUGAAAUUCCUAUACUUAAUAAUUUUCAAACAGUAGAACAAUGUACUUUAGAGUAUGACCCGGUACGAGGAGCUUCAAUAGAUCCACAUAUUGAUGAUUGCUGGAUUUGGGGUGAAAGAAUAGUUACUGUUAAUGUCAUGGGUGAUUCAGUUUUAACAAUGAGUUCUUAUCACGGUCCCGAUACAAAGUACAAUUUAAAAAGUAUUAUAGAAUAUUCCUCAACAAUUGAAGGUUUAAAAUUUGAUAUAAAAAAUAAAAAUGAAAAUGAAGAUAUUAUUGUAAGACUCCCAAUGCCAGAAGGAUCUCUUAUGGUUCUUUAUGGUAUUGCAAGGUACAAAUGGGAACAUUGUGUUUUAAGAGAAGAUAUAAACUCUAGGCGAAUUUGUUUAGCUUAUCGUGAAUUAACCCCCCCAUAUUUAUUUAACUCAACAAAUAAUGAAAUUGUUAAAGAACUCUUAAAGAGAGCUUCAGUUUUUUGAUAAAAUGUAAUUAAAUUUAAAAAAAACUUAUUCCAAUAAAAUAUAUAUUUAAUUUACAAAAUAUUUAAAUACACAUUAUAUGUUACGUAUUAUAGAAAUAUAUU